GCAGCGACGCGGCCGGGGCGGAUCUGUCCCCGCCCUCGCUCUCGACCCCGCCUGUCCCAGGAUCGCCCAACUCCCGCCGCGCGCUCUUUCUCCGACAGCUGCUCCGGGAGCCCCGCGCGCCGUGCUGUUCUGUUCCUUGUCCGUCUGUCCCUUCCGAUUGUGCCUAGCGAUGACCACCCAGCAGAUUGUUCUCCAGGGCCCGGGACCCUGGGGUUUCCGCCUCGUGGGCGGCAAGGACUUCGAACAACCUCUCGCCAUUUCCCGGGUCACUCCCGGAAGCAAGGCUGCAAUAGCUAAUUUAUGUAUUGGAGAUUUAAUCACAGCCAUCGAUGGGGAAGAUACCAGCAGCAUGACACACUUGGAAGCUCAGAACAAAAUCAAGGGCUGCGCAGACAACAUGACACUCACAGUAUCCAGGUCUGAACAGAAGAUUUGGUCUCCUCUAGUGACCGAGGAGGGGAAGCGUCAUCCCUACAAGAUGAAUUUAGCGUCGGAACCCCAAGAAGUCCUGCACAUAGGAAGUGCCCACAACCGAAGUGCCAUGCCAUUUACUGCCUCACCUGCUCCUGGCACCCGGGUCAUCACAAACCAGUACAACAACCCAACUGGCCUCUACUCAUCUGAAAACAUCUCUAACUUCAACAAUGCUGUGGAGUUGAAGACCUCAGCCAGUGGGGAGGAGGCGAACAGCAGGCCCGCGGGUCAGCCUCAUCCCUCUGGCAGCCUCGUCAUUGACAAGGAAUCGGAAGUUUACAAGAUGCUUCAGGAGAAGCAAGAGUUAAACGAGCCCCCCAAACAGUCCACAUCCUUCCUGGUUCUGCAGGAGAUCCUGGAGUCAGAUGGGAAAGGGGAUCCCAACAAACCAUCAGGAUUUAGAAGCGUUAAAGCUCCAGUCACCAAAGUGGCUGCAUCUGUUGGCAAUGCUCAGAAGCUGCCCAUCUGUGACAAAUGUGGAACUGGUAUUGUUGGUGUGUUUGUGAAGCUGAGGGAUCACCACCGCCACCCUGAAUGUUAUGUGUGCACCGACUGUGGCAUCAACCUGAAACAGAAGGGCCAUUUCUUUGUAGAGGAUCAGAUUUACUGUGAAAAGCAUGCCCGGGAGCGGGUCACACCACCUGAGGGCUAUGAUGUGGUCACAGUGUUCCCCAAGUGAUGGAGAAGACCUGCCCUGUCUGCUGCCCUCCAGUCAGCCUGCUGCGCCUGGUUCUCAGAAUAUUCUGGCUCUCCUCCCUGACAAUCCUGUGCUUACUUAGUGUUAGUCAUGCUCAGUAAACAUUGGGUUUCGUCUGUGCUGACUGACUCUCACUGGCAGUGUGACACCUGCUUUUACAUUACUGGGAGAUGGUUUUGUCCCCGUCCCUUCACCCACACCACAAUGCACCUUCUUCACUUGGAGUCUUCUCUGCUGCAAAUGGACAUUGGUCACAUUGGAACCAAGCCAAAUGUAGUCUCUGUGACGUUACUUUGUUUUACUUAAUAAAUUUAGACUUUAAAGCAA